AUGGAGGAGCGUGCUCGGUGUCCGACUGCGUCACGUACCACUGGGCUGCCGAUGGGGACGACCUCGGAAUCAUCAGACGUGAAUCCUUACGCUGUCUAUGUGGGGCCGAACGGCGACUGUACUGAGAGCAUCUGCGCAGACGAUAACGAAGGGGGAUACGUUUCGAUACAGUGCUCCGAGAACUACCUGCAGGAGGAAACGGACCAAGGAUCUGACUACGCGAAUUCACUCGACGCACUCGCUGAUAAUCACUCCGAUCUCUGGGACGACGAAGUCAUCAUCGCCAAGAGAAUCCCACGCAACCAAAUCAAAACCAAGGAGCUCGUCAGUCGAGGUGCCUUCGGCGAUGUUUACGUCGGGAAGCUCUACCACAAGAAAGUCGUCGUGAAAAUGCUGCUGCCUGGUACUCGCACCAGUCUCCAACACGUGAACGACUUCCUCGCCAAAGCCAAAAUAUCCGCUACACUCGACCAUCCCCACAUUGUCAAGUUUCUGGGAGUCACGUGGGACUCGCUCUCCAACCUCUGCAUUGUGUCCGAGUUCAUGGACGGCGGUGACUUACGCAGUCUUAUAUACAAGCACGAGAUGUCCGGCCAUCCAGUCGAAUUCAACAAGCAGAAAGCCACUAUCGCACUGCAAGUGUGCUAUGCGCUCACUUAUCUGCACUCGCUCGCACCUCCAAUUAUCCAUCGGGACGUAAAGCCGCGCAACAUCCUGCUCAGUCGGUCCAUGAACGCCAUGUUGACCAACUUCGGGGUGGGCAUUUUCUCGUUUGGCGUGAUUUUGUCCGAGUUGGACAUGCACACAGUCCCGUACGCGAUACUCAGGAGAACGAGCGUGGAGGGACAUACACUUCCAGCCGCAACGCUGCUCCAGGGAAUAACGAUGGGCUCAAUCCGUGUGGACUUUUCGGAGGAGAACUCGUUCUCGAUCACAUGCGUGUCGGUAGACCCGAGCCAACGGCCAACUGCUGCCGAGGCGCUCGCGCUUACAUGCACCCCGCAAAUGUACCACAACGACCCAGUUUGCGUGAAGGGCGUCGCUGGAAAUUCUGUCUCGGACUGCACCAACUACAACCGUGGGGGCUGGGACGACUACAACAUCGCCUCCAACGCAUUCAACGGGUACUCGUACCUGGGAGUGGAGACAUACAUCCCAGGACGAUGCGGCGUGUUUGACUCGAUCGCAAGCGCCAAGCUGUAUCGACUGGACGAAAACUGCUACCCGAACGCUGCGGGCACGGAGAGCCACAGGCUUACACUGGGGCAUUCAGCAACAAUCACAACGUAUAGUGAUGCAACUUGCUCGAAUGUGGCGAUGACGACUACGGUUCGUCAAGCAGCCAUGGGUGCGAGUCGAGUUGGUUUCUGCAUCGACGAGGUGGCAGCUUUCUUUGGAGGGACUAAGCCUGACUUCGCUGUUGUCGCCAUUUAUGACGCCUACAUGUGCAUGGGGCCCCCGACGAGCCUCAAGUUCUCGCAGGAUUUUACGUGUCAGGCCCCCGCAAACGCGCCAUGCCAGGCUACUGGAAGUUCUCGCUUUUCCGUGUCAACUUGUACCAGCGAUUUCUUAGGCUAUGCAGCAGAAACGUUUGGAGCAAAUGCCCCGUACGUGGUCGUGCAGGAUUUUCCCAAUCCGUGGUGCAACGACGUCGAGUUUGUGACGGUUUACUCAGCUGAUGGCUCAUGCUACACCAACCCAGACGACGCUACCAGCUUCCGUGCCAGAAUCAACGCUGCCGAUGGCACGGCAACCAUCACGACGUUUACGGAUCGAGCUUGCAACUAUGUGGCAAGCGAUUCGGGGGGUUGGGCGGCCCGCCAUCGAUGGGGAGAAGACCACGGUCGUCGAGUACGCCGACAGCUCCUGUUCUGGACCCGCACUCUCGGCGCUGCUGGGUACUCCGUCUCGGAUUGCAGCAACUACAACCGAGGAGGCUGGGACGAUCUCAGCACCGCUUUCAACGCAUUCGAUGGGUACUCGUACUUGGGGGUGGAGACAUACGUGCCGGGAAGAUGCGGAGUGUUUGAUUCCAUUGCGAGUGCCAAGCUGUAUCGACUCGACGAGAACUGCUAUCCGAAUGCGGCUGGAACAGCAAGUCACAGGCUCACGCUAGGUCAUUCGGCAACGAUCACAACGUAUACCGACGCGACUUGCUCCAAUGUGGCGACGACGACUACCGUUCGACAAGCAGCCAUGGGUGCGAGUCGAGUUGGUUUCUGUGUCGAUGAGGUGUCGGCGUUCUUCGGUGGCACUCAACCCAAUCUGACUGCUGUUGCUGUUUACGACGAUAAUACGUGCUCGGGCUCGCCGUCUCAGCUCAAGUUCUCGCAGGAUUUCGCGUGCCAGAGCUCUGCUGAUGCGCCUUGUCAAAGCGCUGGGGGUUCUCACUUUUCCGUUUCUGGUUGUGCGAGUGACUUCUUUGGAUAUGCAGCGACAGCGUUCGGCGCGGAUACUCCAUACUUGGUCGUGGAAGAUUUCGCCAAUCCGUGGUGCAACGAUGUCGAGUUUGUGACGAUCUACACUGCGAAUGGAGUUUGCCACACGAACGCGGACGAUCAGACAAGCUUCCGUGCCACCAUCAACACGGCCGACAGCACAGCAAGCAUCACGACAUUUUCAGAUCCAGCAUGCGACGAUGUGGCAAGCGACACGAGUCUAGACAGCCAAACACUGUCGACGUCUCCGUGUUUGCGUCGUGAUUGCGAGUUUUGGUAUGGCUGUGGUCAACGGUUCGCGGUGGGAGGGUUGGGAGGGCCACCGUCAAUGGGGAAGAAGACCGCGGUCGUCGAGUACGUCAACAGUUCCUGUUCAUCGCCCGCGAUGUCUGUGUCGUUUACCAGCGCGCUCACUUGUGCGCCGCAAACGGACCACUACAGCCCGACUUGUGUGAAAGGUGCAGCUGCAUACUCUGUGUCAGACUGCGUCAACUAUAACCGUGGGGGCUGGGACGACCUGGGUAUCGCAAGAGAUGCAUUCAACGGGUACUCCUAUUUGGGAGUGGAGACCGAUUUUCUCGGAUACGCCACAACAGCGUUUGGUUAUGACACUCCGUACCUGGUUGUGGAAGAUUUCCCUAAUCCGUGGUGCAACGACGUCGAGUUCGUGACGAUCUACACAGCCGAUGGCUCGUGUCACUCGAACUCAGAUGACCAGACCAGCUUUCGGGUUGCCAUCAACACCGCUGACGGUACGGCGAGCUACACAACGUAUUCGGAUCCAGCAUACAACUUCGUCGCGAGCGAUACGUAUUUGGACAGUCAGACGUUGUCAUCGUCGCCGUGUCUAGGUCGAGGAGGCUGUGAAUACUGGUAUGGCUGUGGUCGACGCUAUGCGGUGGGAGGCUUGGGUGGCCCGCCAGCAUUGGGGAAGAAGACUGCGUUGGUGCUCUACGAGGACAAUUGGUGUGCUGUGACUCCAGUUGUAUUGACGAUUUCAAGCACGUUCCAGUGUACAUCGCCAGCAGCUCCUGUGUGUGACACGCUGUUCAAUGGACCCAGCACAGUCUACCAAGCGCGGGAGUGUAUCAACUCGACCGACUCGUACGUCGCCACAAAGUUCCAGGCCACACCCUACUUGAUUGCGGAGAACUACGCCAAUGGCACCAACUGCCAAGUGCAGACAAACAUCACGAUGUACGCCGCCGACGGCAAGUGCCACCUCAGCAUCAGUGACGGCACCUACUUCACGAUCACGCAGCGAACCGACGGAGCUGUCAUCGUAUCCAACUACCCGACGUCGCUCUGCAAGGAUACGGACGCAGUCACUUACGUCCUCGACUAUUGGAACGUCAACACCGGAACGUGCAUGGGCGAUCGAAUCUUCCGUACCAGCAAAAUGCCCCUAGCAGCGUACGUCUCGACUCCAGCCACGACGACGCCAUCCACGUGGACCCCAACGCCGACCCCCGCGCCGAUCACAUAG